UGGACAUCAUUGCAGGAGGUAAACUGUGACUCAGAUCAGAUUUACCUCCAACAUACUGACUUCCUUCAUGAGGAUACAAUUUUUCUAUCUCCAUCCACACUAAACUCUCCUGUGAAAAAUGGUAUGCUGAACAUUAAUGUUGGUGGGAAGACAUACAAGAUUGCCUACAAAAUUGCAGCAAGGUAUCAAACAAGAAUUGGCAGACUUGCCACAUAUACAGAUCAAAGCAGGAAGCUAGACCUGUGUGAUGAUUACACUGUACAAAACAACGAAUAUUUCUUUGACAGAGACCCAGAUAUUUUUCAUUAUGUUUUUAACUUUUAUAGAACUGGAGUUUUAUGGAUUAAGGAUGAAUUUUGUCCAAGAAAUUUCCUAGAGGAGAUAAACUACUGGGGGGUUAGAAUCAAAAAUAGCCAAAGAUGCUGCCGAAUUUCAUUUGAAGAAAGGCAAGAUGAGCUUAAUGAGCAGUUAAAGGUUCAGAAAGAACUACAAGCUGAAAUUGAAAGAGAAGAAAAUGAAGACCUUUUUAAGGACAUGAAAUAUGGUGAAGAGAGGAAGAAGGUAUGGAAUCUCAUGGAGAAACCCUUUUCAUCUAUCACUGCUAAAAUAAUGGCUGUUGCCUCAAGUCUCUUUGUGUUAGUAUCUCUGGUUGCAAUGACGUUAAACACUGUUGAAGAAAUGCAAUACAAAACUCACUCAGGAAAUCCCAGUGGUAAAACCUACCUUGAAUAUGUUGAAACACUAUGUAUAGCCUUCUUCACAAUAGAAUUUCUCUUGAGGCUUUUUUCUACACCAGAUAUUAAUCGAUUUGUUAGAAGUGUUUUAAAUGCUGUUGACUUAAUAGCAAUCCUUCCACUUUAUCUUCAGAUAGUAUUAGAGACCUUUGAAAAUGAAGACUAUGGGAGACAUGAUCAUGAUAUUGAGACAGUUGCUAGGGUGGGUAAAGUUGGACAAGUCCUGAGAAUAAUGCGAUUAAUGAGAAUCUUUCGGAUACUAAAGCUAGCACGUCAUUCAACUGGAUUACGGGCUUUUGGAUUUACCCUAAAACAAUGUUACCAGCAAGUUGGAUGUCUCUUUCUUUUCAUAACUGUAGGCAUUUUCACAUUUUCUGCAAUGGUUUAUACUGUUGAGCAUGAUGUUCAGGAAACCAACUUUACCAGCAUUCCACACGCUUGGUGGUGGGCAGCA